AUGAGAGAAGAAACAGAAAAAAAAGAAGAAAUAGAAAAAGAAGAAACAGAAGAAAAAGAAGAAGGAAAAGAAGAACAAAGAGAAGAAGAAGAAAAAGAAAAAGAAGAAGAAGAAAGAGAAGAAGAAGAAGAAGAAGAGAGAGAAGAAGAAGAAGAAGAAGAAGAAGAGAGAGAAGAAGAAGGGGGAGGAGGAGGAGAACAAAGAGAAGAAGAAGAGAGAGAGAGAGAAGAAGGAGUAGGAGAACGAGAAGAAGAAGAAGAAGAGAGAGAAAGAGAAGAAGAAGAAGAAGAAAAAGAAGGGGGAGGAGGAGAAGAAAGGGGAGGAGAAUGA